AUGGCUUUUCAUCGUGUUGCGGCGGUCCUCUGCGCCCCAGCUCUUGCCUGGGGUCUCCAACUACUUCCGCCCACCCUCGAAAGACCGAAUUCCCCGGUAGAAGCCGUCUGGCAAGUCGCAUCGAGCUCGAAAACCAUAUACAUCGAUGACAGCUUCGCCUCAAUAGCUGAUACGAACGGGUUGACUUUGAUACCACCUAGUGGCUAUGACUUCGCCAGCCUUUUCCAGCAAGACAUCAGCCAGUUCACGGGCGUAAACUGGACUUUACAGCGCGUCGACCGCCUUCCUAAUGCUGCCAACGCCAGUGGCAUUUUCCUCGGCCCAUUCAACGGCAACGCCUCCUCUCUCGCGUACGAGAACGGUGAUCCAACGUCUGAGGGAUACGAACUCGAUAUUUCGCCCAUGGGCGCAUUCAUUGGCGGAACGGGCGCCCGCGGCAUGUGGUGGGGGACCAGGACGCUACUCCAGCUUUUGCUCUCUCAGAACGGGUCUCUCCCCGUAGGGCGUGUUGUUGAUGCGCCAGCGUAUGCCACGCGAGGUUUCAUGCUCGACGCCGGGCGCAAAUGGUACGCACCGGGAUUUCUCAAGGAGCUGUGCAGCUAUGCAUCUUUCUUCAAGAUGAGCGAGUUUCACUACCACCUGAGCGACAACUACCCACUCAAUCGCGGGCGUAACGAAUCUUGGCAAGACGUUUACUCGCACUUCUCACUGCGACCAGAAGACGAAUCCCUAUUGCCGAUCCUUCAUGGGCGUGAGAACGAGACGCUGUCCCGUGAAGAUUUCGCUAGUCUUCAGAGUCAUUGUGCUGCAAGGGGUAUAACCAUCAUCCCUGAAAUCGAGGCCCCUGGUCACUGUCUAUACCUGACCAAGUGGAAACCUGAGCUUUCUCUGGCAAAGCGUGACUUGCUGAAUCUGUCACAUCCGGAAGCUAUUCCCAUAGUCAAGCGUAUCUGGUCCGAGUUCCUUCCAUGGUUUGAGACGAAGGAAGUUCACGUUGGCGCGGACGAGUACGACGCAACACUGGCUGAUGUGUACAUCGGGUUCGUCAACGAAAUGUCGGAUUUUAUCAAUUCCACAACCGGCAAGCGGAUUCGUAUCUGGGGCACAUAUGAGCCCUCAGAAAAUGUCACCAUCUCUAGGGAUGUCAUAAUCCAGCACUGGCAGUAUGGUCAGUCGGACCCAGUGCUCCUUACAGAUACCGGAUACAAUAUUAUCAACUCGGAGGACUGGUGGGCCUACAUGUCGCUCAAGAACGAUCAUAUGCCCAUUCUCCCCGCCAAAUACCCACAGUUCUUCAAUGAGAGCCGCGUGCUCAAUUUCGCAGACGAGCCUGGGUGGCAGUGGACGCCCGCCGACUUCAAUCCUUUCAAUAAAACCAUGCAGAUACCCGAUGGAUCGCCAUCCAACGGAGGCGCUAUCAUGGCUGCGUGGAACGAUAACGGCCCUGACGCUUCCACGCAGCUCGAGGCGUACUACGCAAUGCGCCGAGGCAUAGCACUUACUGGUGCCCGCGCGUGGAGCGGCCGUCGGGGCCCGGAGCUUGUGGAAGAUGAUGUGGCACCCAGCAUUGACUUCUUCUCACCCCUCGCACCGGGGCAAAAUCUCGACCGUACCUUGCCGUCUCCCAGCGCUCCCGCACCUCUAGUGACCUGGAACCGUUCCGUCGAUGAUACCGAGACAGUGCACCUCGGCCACGGCAGCAAGGGCAUCAACUACACUCUGUCGUUGUUUUUCGGGGGGCCAUUUACACUCACUGGUCCAGACAGCACGCUCUCUCUAGACGGUAAUGGUAGCCUCACCUUCAGCGCAGACGGUUGGGUAUACCCGCUGCGUUCUGUAAGUGAACGAGACGCACUGGACCUUGAUCCAGGACACCCUGGCCGCAUUUGGGCAAAUGUCUCUACCUCAUCACAUGAGGUGGUGAAGUUAUCGACCCUACCAGCGAAUGUCACCAUAGCGACAGAUAGCUUGCACGGAAGUAUUGCUUGGAUUGAUGGGCAGUUUGUAGGAAGAUUCGAAGUUUUUGUGUAUGGCGGACGGAACACUCUAUUCAGCUGGAGCCAGAUGGCUUUCGUUGCACCACUCGAGAGCACCACCGGUCCCGGACUACAGAGCCUAGUCGUCGAAGGAGACAUGAAUCUUCCGUUAUAG